GGAGGAGCGGGGAGCCGGCGAGCGCGACCCCGGGCCCCCUGCGGGUGUCCACGAGGGGCCCGGUCCGCGGCGGCGGGGAGCCCGGGCUCCGGGCCGCUCGGGUGUCGGUGGGCUCGCGGCUGCUGGCCCCGCCCGAGGUCCCGCCGUGCGCCGGCCUGGCCGUACCCCCGGGAGCGCGGCGCGGCCGCCUGAGCCCUCCCGGGCGCCCGGGCUUGCUCUGAGCUCGCCGUCUGCAUUCGCAGUUCCGGAAGCCGGCGAGCGCUCACAUCCGGACAGUUACUGCAUUUUUUAUAACUCGUUUUACCGCAUACUUGACCUGAAGUUAGUUGGCGGGAAAUCCGGCCGGAACACUCUGCACUUGCCCGUGACGGCGCCACGUCCCCCUCUGCCGCUGCGCCAUUCGGGCGGCGCCCGGCCUCGGUAGCCUCCGUCACCAGCGCGCACGGUGCCAGGCGCUGCCUUAAGCCCCGGGCCUUUCCUGGCGUCGUCUUCAAGGCACCUUUAUGAGUCACUUUUGGUCCAGGCAGCUUUACCUGAACACCUUCCCAGCAGUUUCUGUUUUGGCUCUGAAGACAGCCCUCAGUAGUGGCCCCUUGUUGUCGCCAGGAGCCAGAGACAGCCGUCCUUGCAGCAGCUGGAGCCUUGCGCUGCAGGCACAGGUCUGCACUUCUCCCGGGAGCCUGGGGGGCUCCCUGCACAGACCCUACAGCUUCUUCACCAAACUGACAGCAGAUGAGCUGUGGAAAGGCGUUUUAGCAGAGACUGGUGCUGGAGGAAGAAAAGGAAGAGGCAAAAGGACAAAGAAGAAGAAAAGAAAGGAUUUGAACAGGGGUCAGAUCAUUGGUGAAGGGCGUUACGGUUUCCUCUGGCCUGGUCUGAAUGUCCCUCUUAUGAGAAAUGGAGCAGUGCAGACCAUUGCCCAGAGGAGCAAGGAGGAGCAGGAGAAGGUGGAGGCUGACAUGGCGCAGCAGAGGGAAGAGUGGGACCGGAAGCGGAAGAUGAAGGUCAAACGGGAGCGAGGCUGGAGCGGAAACUCGUGGGGGGGUGUCAGCCUUGGCCCCCCGGACCCUGGUCCCAAUGGAGAAACAUACGAGGAUUUCGAUACCCGGAUACUUGAGGUGAGAAAUGUUUUCAACAUGACAGCAAAAGAGGGAAGAAAGAAAUCAGUGCGUGUCCUGGUGGCUGUGGGGAACGGAAGAGGAGUCGCAGGUUUUGCCAUUGGGAAAGCCACUGAACGAAUGGACGCUUUCAGAAAAGCAAAGAACAAAGCAGUUCACUAUUUACAUUACAUAGAACGCUAUGAAGACCACACAAUCUUCCAUGAUAUUUCCUUAACAUUUAAAAGGACGCAUAUCAAGAUGAAGAAGCAACCCAGAGGUUAUGGCCUCCACUGCCACCGGGCCAUCAUCACCAUGUGCCGGCUGAUCGGCAUCAGAGACAUGUACGCCAAAGUCUCGGGGUCUGUGAACAUGCUCAACAUCACCCGGGGCCUCUUCCAAGGGCUCUCGCGCCAGGAAACGCACCAGCAGCUGGCGGAUAAGAAGAGCCUCCACGUCGUGGAGUUCCGGGAGGAAUGUGGCCCUCUGCCCAUCGUGGUCGCCUCCCCCCAGGGGGCCUUGAGGAAGGAUCCGGAGCCGGAAGACGAGGUUCCCGACACCAAGCUGGACUGGGAGGAAGUGAAGGCCGCGCAGGGAAUGAAGCGCUCUGUGUGGUCAGGUUUAAAAAGAGCUGCCACCUAGGGCCCCUGGGCGGCCCCACAAACUGUGACGCCUUGAUUCUCCUCUAAUAAAUCACCGUAGCACAUGCCGUCUGCCAGUCACUGCCAUGAGCACUUCACAUACAUCUCAGUUCCACUGCUCCAGACACACGUUUGCACCAGCCAAGGAGAUGAAUUAGGAGACAGGGUUAAUACUCUGAUCCAGUCAAUAAUAAUUUGCAAAUUGGUGAUAAUUGCUGUAAUAAUUAUAGCUAAUAUUCAUUAAUUGAUUCUUCCAAAAUGAGUGUUGACUUUACUGUACAGAGCAGUUAAAGUAGAGGAUAACAGACCCCAUGCUGUUUACUCUAAAACUCUCUCUUAAUUAAACCUCUAAUGUGGUAA